AUGCAAGAUUCAAUUACACCUUGGCUGGUCAUAGGUGAUUUUAAUUGUAUUUUGCGUUUGAAUGAGAAUAAAGGUGGCUUGGAAAUAAGAUCGUCUGUCAUUGAUGAUUUCAGUGAUUGGAUGGAUGACAAUAAUCUUUUUGAAUCGGAUUCCUUGGGCAGCAAAUUCACUUGGUGUAAUAGGCAAUCUGGUACUAGUCGUAUUAUUAGUAAGUUGGAUCGUGCAAUUAUUAAUGCGGCUUGGCUUGCUAAAUUUGAGAAUUGGCGGCCUUGUAGAGCUCCUUUUCGUGUUCAAAAGAUAUGGUUUUUACAUGGGGAUUUUCUUCAGAUGGUCAAUGAGAGUUGGACUUUGUCUGUUCAUGGUUCUCCUGAUUUUAUUUUCCCUUAUAAAUUGAAGCGGCUGAAGAUUGCAAUGAAGGAUUGGAAUCUGAGGAUUUUCGGUAAUGUGAAUUCUCGUUUGAAGCAAGACCAACUUCGUUUUGAGACAGCAGCCCUUAUUACAGAUGAGGAUCCUAGUAAUAUUGCUAAUCUAAAUGCAACGAAGGAUGCUAUGAAAACUUUAUGUGAUACUCGUUUGCAACAGUUAACUAUGCUCAAGCAAAAGUCUAGGAACAAAUGGUUGGUGGAGGGUUCAAGUAAUUCCAGUUUCUUUCAUAGUAGUAUUAGAAUUAGAAAAAGUUCUAAUACUAUUUCGGAACUUGUUGAUUUGAAUGGGACUUGUUUGACAAAUUAUGAGCAGCUUCGUAAUCAUGUAGUUCAGUUCUAUGAAGAUAAGUUCAAUGGCCAAGAUCCGGUGAUAGAAGGUGAUUUAUUUGAUUUUGAGCAUGCUUCAAUUUCUGUUGAGGAGAGCAACGCCAUGGAUAUGAUUCCUUCCCCGGAAGAAAUUAAGCAAGCUGUUUUUGAUAUGAGUGCGGAUAGUGCCCCAGGGCCGGAUGGUUUCUCUGGUUGUUUCUAUCGUCAUUGUUGGCAUAUUAUUCAUGAUGAUUUAACCAAGGCCGUUAUUCAUUGUUGGAAUGCGGGUAGUAUUCUAAAUGGUGUUAACUGA